AUGUCGGCCCCGGCAUCCGCCUCGAAGUCGCCGGCGGUUGCUCGCAGCCAAUCUACAUCAUCUCGUCCUUCUAAUCGCCCUCCCUCGUCGGAUCUGCCUCAUCGUACACGCAGCGUGGCGGUCCGAUCGUCAAACACCUCCCAGCCCCCUCCACAGCCGCAGUAUCCCCAUUCAAAGGCGACUGCCUAUGAUCGCCGCCCACCCUCAAAUCACGCCGCGCUAGAUAAUAUUGCUCGUCGGGAACUUGAAGCAUCCAAUGCCCAAAAGAUGCCUUCCCGUCGUGAACCGUCUUCCGAGCGCUCACAAGAGCGCCCGACCACCGCUACUCGAGCCGAGUCUACCCGGCGACAUCAGCGCAAUGCCUCGACCCAGGGCAAUCAACGAGAGAGUCUCGAUACCGUGAGGAAUGCUACGGCGGACCGACCAGCUGAUUCCACCCAACCUACGACUGCCCCAGCCGCCCCCGCAACACAGCCAAGACGCCGCACGACGAUCACAACACCUACAGGCCAAUGGGCCUUGGGAAAGACCAUUGGUGCUGGUAGCAUGGGUAAAGUCAAGCUGGCGAAACAUAUGGAAACUGGAGAACAGGUUGCUGUCAAAAUAGUUCCUAGAGUCUCGACCGAAGAACAUCGCAGCGGUCGCGAAUCGGAAAGAGCGGAUCGUUCAAAGGAAAUCCGAACAGCUCGCGAAGCCGCCAUUGUUAGUCUUACUAGCCAUCCAUACAUCUGUGGUAUGCGCGAUGUAGUUCGCACUACAUAUCACUGGUAUAUGCUUUUUGAAUAUGUCAACGGAGGUCAAAUGCUUGACUACAUCAUUUCGCAUGGCAAGUUGAAGGAGAAACAAGCCCGCAAAUUCGCCCGCCAGAUCGCCAGCGCACUGGAUUAUUGCCACCGCAAUAGCAUUGUCCACCGUGACUUGAAAAUUGAGAACAUUCUGAUCAGCAAAACGGGUGAUAUCAAAAUCAUUGAUUUUGGUCUCAGCAAUCUCUUUUCGCCCAGAAGUCUACUGAAAACCUUCUGCGGUAGUCUGUACUUUGCAGCUCCAGAACUGCUUCAAGCAAGACAGUAUACUGGUCCGGAAGUCGACGUCUGGAGUUUUGGAAUUGUUCUCUAUGUCUUGGUCUGCGGUAAAGUGCCUUUCGAUGACCAGAGCAUGCCUCAGCUUCAUGCAAAGAUUAAGAAGGGAGUGGUUGAAUACCCACCCGGCCUUACAACUGAAUGUCGUCAUAUCAUUUCCCGCAUGCUUGUCACAGAUCCUAAACAGCGUGCCAGCUUGGCUGAGAUCAUGAACCACCCAUGGAUGAACAAGAACUUCAGUGCGCCCCCGGAGAACUUUCUUCCUCAUAGAGAGCCUUUGCAACUUCCUCUAGACCAGGAAGUCAUUGAGAAGAUGACAGGCUUUGAUUUUGGACCGCCAGAUUAUAUCGCAUCCCAAUUGACCAAAGUGCUGGAAUCGGAUGAAUACCACCACGCUGUGAGGCUCAACUUCCGUGAACAGCCAGUGAACAGCCAAUCAGAGCGAAAGCGCGGUGUUUUCGACUUCUAUAAAAGACGAAACUCCGCGGCCAGUCGCGAUACGCUUUCUGCUCCUUCAGCUGAGGCAAUUCAGCUGGGCAAUGAUCCCCUCAACGCGUAUAGCCCCCUGGUAUCGGUUUAUCAUCUGGUCAAGGAGAAACUGGAUCGGGAGCGGGGAGAGAGCAAUCCGGGUGCCCUAGGCAUUCGUCAACAUCCCAGCGAUGUUACAGCGGUCCCCGAGCUGGCGCCACCGGAAGCUGCUCACACCAACCAAUACCAAGUACCGGGAGAGAGGGACACUGGUCGACGCUCUCGACCUCGCGCCAGGACACAUGGAGAGGAAGACGUUACAGAAGGUAUCAAAAAUCUUCACACCUCUUCACCGUCUGGCCAUGCCAUGCAACCCGAGACACCUGCGAAGAAAGAAAGCACCGCUGCUGGUAUUUUGCGACGCUUCAGUACUCGCAGGACCAAGGAUCGCAGCCGCGAUGUUGAGCGGGAGCGUGUUAGCACCCCGAACACACCAACUCUCAAUGUUCAACCACCAGCCGACUCCGCAUCCCCGAUGAAUCGUGGAUAUAGCGUACGAAGGAAUCGCCGGGGCGAGCCAUCGCAACCUUCCGUUCCUUCUGCUGGAAGUCAGACUCAACAUCAAGAUUUACUUGCAGCACCGGGCUCAGCCUCAGCCUCAGGCUCGGGUGAACAAACAUCACAGCCGGGCAAGUUCUUGGGCCGAUCUACAAGUGUCAACUCUGCCGACUACCGAACUCGCAGGGCUACUCGGAGAAACGAAUCUGAUACUCUGGAAGUCGAGCGUCAACCACCCUCAACCAGUGGGUCUGACCAGAUUGGUCCCAACAACCAGAAGGAUCAGGCGGCUUUUGUGAAGACUACUGUCAGUGGCGGUCGCACACAUACUGCGCGGACCAUGUCUUUAGGCCAUGCACGGCGUGAGAGUAUUCAGGCCCGACGCGCCAAGCGAGAGGCAGCUCGGGAGGCUAACGUGCCAGAAGAGACCGAUGAAGAUAUCACUGGCGCAGGCACAGCACUAGAAAGUGCCAAUGAAGGCGAAGAUCUAUCCAAGCCAGUCUACUUGAAAGGUCUCUUCAGCGUGUCAACCACCAGCAGCAAGCCAUUGCCCGUCAUUCGGGCUGAUAUUAUCCGUGUUUUGAAGCAGCUGGCUGUGGAUUACGUUGAAAUCAAGGGUGGCUUUAGCUGUCGACAUGCUCCGAGCAUCGACCUCGAGAAGGUCAUAGACAUUAACCCUCCUAGCCCGGACCGCCAAGGCCAAGUGUCAUCACACCGUCGCCGUAUCAGUUUUGGUGGCCUUCUUGGUCACGAUGAUAGCCGUGACGACAACCGCUCGGGCUCUAAUAAGCUACACCGUCGCCCACAUGGUCCACCCGAUCGCAGUUUCAUCUCGAACUCCGACGCCUCCGAUGAAUAUGUCGCUCGUGAAACCCACCAGAGCGGCGCAGUUGGUGAGCGCGUUGUUGGCGAGACCACGACUCGUGUCCAAAGCGAUACCGGCGAGAACUUGGUGCUUCGCUUUGAGAUUCUAAUUGUGAAGGUUCCUCUUUUCUCUUUACACGGAAUCCAGUUCAAGAAGGUCUCAGGUGGCAUGUGGCAGUACCGAGAGAUGGCAAAGAAGAUCCUUGACGCGCUCAGACUAUAA